AUGUUACUUCUAGCUAAAGUUGUAAAAGAAAGAAAGAAAGAAAGAACGGAGGUGAUGAACGAAGAUCUGGCAUUGGUAAGCAGUUCAGCGGCGAGAGACGAAGCGCUUCGCUGGUGCUGGAAUAGCGACGAAUUGGUAGAUUUUAAACGAGCAUCGAAGUCAAUGGGCUUGAGAGUCCUGACCGAUGAAACAUUCCUGAAAAUGGCGGAAGUGUGGGCGAAAGCGUUCAGCAGUAACAAUCAACCGCCAUAA